UUAUUCUUUUGCACACAAAUCCGGACCGGAUGCAUGAGCCAACAAGCCUGUAUUUGAAGUGAAACCUAUCAUAAUAACGAUUUUCAAUAUACCACAAAUAUUCAUUAUUAUAAGUAUUAAAUGGUCAUUUUUUUGUCCUGAUAUCCUGCACGUCCUACACUGGUCCUAUCUUAACAAAAAUAUUUUACAUCUGUGUAUCAUCGCAGCUUACUUUGACAGUCAUGUCAAAAUAUGUCAAUGUCAAAUCCUGUUAUUAAUCACAUAGCACCGCUUAUCACAACAUCAACAAAAUAUUAAUUAAAUAAAUAUUUUAAAUACUUAUUUUUAUUACUAAAUAUUUAAUAUAAUUUUUAAUGUAAAACAUGCCAAAUACUAUAAGGAUAUUACUACCUAUAAUUCCAGACAGUUUUAAAGAUGUGUAUUUUAAAGGAAUUAUUAGUGUUUCAGACGAUCACACUGUAACUGUUUAUAUUACUAAAUAUACUACAGAUAUCACACUUAUAUCUGAGAAGCAAAUAAAAUGGGAUAAUAUAAUAUACGGAUAUUGUGGUAAUGAUCUCUCAAAGAAUGUUUUAGCGAGUAGGUUUCCGAAUUUUUUAUUAAUACAAAGAAACAAAAUGUUAACCAUAAACAGGUUAAUAUUAAAUGGGAAGAAAAUCGACCCGAAAAGUAGUUGUAUCCUCAUGCUAUAUGAAUAUGAUAGUAUCAAAGACUCUCAAGCAAUUGGUGACACAACUGAUGAUUACUUUAUGAAACUAGUGCAGUUGAUUCAAGAUGAACAUGGUGUUUCAAAAAGAUCAGAAUUUACACCUAAGAGUAACAAACUGCAUUGGCUUAGUGCUUCUAUGUUCCUACAACAUGUUUAUAAUUAUUGGAUACUAAUUGAUUGGUUAAAAUGUUCAAUUACAAGAGGGAAAAAAAUUUCAGUGAAACAAGGCAACUUAAUUGUGGCAAUUGCCAUGGAUAUAAUAAUUGGAUAUUUAAUUCUACAACUGUUAUCACAAGACAAGAAAGAGAUCAGUGUUUUACUGAUGGGUAUUUUGGAGAAAUUGAUUAAUUCACUAUACUCUCUCCUGAAGUGGCUGAUGGGUGCGCCAGUAGGACUGAAGCUCAAUAAUGCCUUCAAUAAAAUGUUAGGAAAAUACUUUUCUUAUCAUGUGCAACUUUGGUGGAUAUUUUUAGAUGUUUCAGGAGAGAAACUGGAUGUUAUUCUUCAUAUAUACCACUACAUAGGGUAUUUGGGAUUUACAUUUCAAACAGCUCUGAUCUCUGAUCUGAUAUGCAUAGCCACAUUCCAUUCAUAUUGUAUCUAUGUCUAUGCUGCAAGGUUGUUCAAUAUUCAAAUAUCUGGAUUAAUUGCAUUACUAAGGUUGUUUGUUGGACGAAAGUACAAUCCUUUACGAGGAGGCAUUGACUCUUGUGAAUAUACAAACCAGGAACUUUUUGUAGGCACAGUCGCAUUUACUAUCUUAUUGUUACUGUUGCCUACUACUGCUCUGUACUACAUAGUAUUUACGUUGUUUAGAGUACUAUCUCUUGUAGUCCAGUAUUUACUUGCUAAGCUGAUUUACAUGGUCCAAACUCUACCUCUGUAUGUUGUCUCACUUUGGUUAACUAGUUCACCUAAAGUUACUGGAAAUAUUUUAAUAGAAGUGAUAAAUCAAGAGAGCAAUUCACCUCUAAUACUUCGCAUAAAACUGUUGAACAAAUCUAUACCACAGUUGGUAAAAAUAUUCCAGCCUCCGGUCGAAGUCCCUAAACAGGUAGAAUGGACAAAUCUACUUUCAAAUGUUCUGGUUGGGAAACAAAUAGUGUAAGAAAGAAAAGAAAAAAACAUGUUCUGUUUUUACUUAUUUAUUAUCGUUCGAUAUUUCAUAUUGCGUAAAAAAUUAAAAGUUGUUUGGUCACCACACGCGUAAACGUAUAAAUGCUAGAUACUUAAAACUAUUUGCAGCAAACUAGGCAAAUACAUUUGAGUAAUUACGCAAAUAACAAACCAUUUUGUUUUGACCAACUGUAUGUAGACAUUACUAGAACUAUUUUCAAUACAUUAAUAUUUAAACGUCACACAAAUCGUUUAGAGGUAUGUUACAUAUGUAGUGAUAUCAUCUAAUUACUAUUUUUGUUACGGGCUUAAGAAUGCUAAUUUGUAUGUUAUACAUAUAUAAAAUACAGUGAUUUAGAUAG